CUUUUCCUUAUGGAGUGAUAUGAUUUAGGUGGUGGAUGAUCAAGAUAAAAAGCUCUCUUGUUCAACAUCAACACGUCGACCAAACACAUCUAUCUUGCAACCAAUUCUCUCCACAGAGAUAUACUUGCGUUUACAACGAGAUCCCAACCCUCUUUUCGAAAAAACUAAGGCCAUCGCUGCGGCUUUGUCAUAGUCAUACACAAGUGCUCCUGCCGAAAAAUUAGAUUGUUUAGGUCUUUUACUACACGAACAUCGCCACUCUCGACUUCACGGCAGUGGAUUGUCUUUCGACACCAUCGGAGUCAUCAUCUACUGUCUUCUCGUCUGUUUUUAUUUCAUCCAAGAUCUUGAAAGGAAAAAAAAUCACGAUGUCGCUGACACAGAAGAUCAUCACCGCGUCAGUUGUCGCGGGCAGCGCUUCCGCUCUGCAGUUCUCCUCUUCUCUCCCGAGAACGGACCCGGUGAAGAUGCCCUGCUCUAACUGGCUCGACAUGCAGAGGGCCGAGCUGCGAUCCUCAGGAUCAGACACUGGCCAGCAUUAAGACCAAGAAAGAACGUUUCUCGUAUUUGGAUUACCUUACAGUUGUCGAAGCGGCGAAAGUAUGCGCUGCCGGAAACCUCGCCAAACAGGAGAAGAAGAAUCCGUCCACGCUCCGGGCUACUGUUAAGGCUAAAGUUUCAGUUUGAAAUAACGGAAGUGCAGCAUCGUUUCUGAGAACUUCACUCACAAACAUUAUAGACUGAUAAAUUUAGCAUGCAGCUCGUACUCGUAGUUCAUAGUACAUGCACAAGUACAACAUCUUCAAUUGUACUCUGACUUGUUCGAGAAACUACACUUCACCUUCGUGGAGAAGUAUGAAGAUGCUGUGGGAGGACGCAUUUUUCUUUUCCGGGGUUGUUACAAUGUAGUUGUAAGUAGAUACUUCUGAGUCUAACUACUUCUAGAUCAUGUAGUUGUACUAGAUACUGAUACACUUACAUUUAGUAUUAGUUUCACAGCUCUAAUGACGGUAAGGAAAAAGCAGAAGGAAAAGAACAGGGCCAGUUACAGGAAAUUCUGACAUUCGCCAAAGAAAACGAGUCCGCUUGGAGUACCUUGAAGAACAGCAAGGAUGGCGUGGACCCAAUUGUUGGCGACAAAGACUAUGACUACCUUGCUGGGGUGAAGAAGUUUAUCACCAAAAAAAUGUACGUCAUGAACGGCAGUCAGGCCAAAACCGGCCACAAGGGAAACGAGGUGCGCCCGUUUUCGGACAGUUUUUAUGCCCAAUGCUGCCUCGACAACACGGAGCAAGUUAAGGAGGAGAUAAAGAAAGCUCAGAAGGUCGAGCAGGAGAAGAAGGAGGCCGAAGCUAAACAAAAGCAAAAGGAACAGGAGGAGGCGGCGAAGGCAGAGGCCGAGGCCAAGGCCAAGGCGAAGGCCAAGGAAGACGAAGGAUGCUGCUGCUAGAGCAGCGCCGGACGUGUUUAUUAGAAUAGAGAAUCAUCCGAUUCUAGUGCAACCAGUUGUAUGGGAGACGAACUAUACAACUGGCGACAUUGGAUCGGUUUGAUUUUGGAACAUUCAGGGGAGACGGAGCUACGGGAGAAAAUGAGUUUGAUGGACGACAUUGGACGACUAGAGUCGGCGUUGGGUUGAUAGUUUUGCAAGGUUGAUAGUUUUUAUUUGAUGUCGAUCUUACUAAAUAAAGAAAAAGAUGCUAUUGCAAGGUACUCAGAAAUGCUACUCGAUCUAUCAAAGAAUAAUGUUUAUGUUUUGUAAUUUUUUUUUGUAACGGGUGUGCUGCAAAAUCAAAAAUAAAGAAUGCGAAAAAGUCGCAAUUAAUGAAUUUGCCCGGCAACGGGGAGAUGGAGUCUAAAAAAAGUGCCUAGCGUUCCUUCACAAAUUUCGCAUUAUAGCAACCAUUUUGUAGCUAUCGCGGCAUCCUUCUAAUUUACUCCACCAACGAGCUUCGCGCGUAGUAGGGAGCAAUAAGUUGGAUUAAGUGUUUAACUAUCUUAGGUGGACGGCUUUUCGCAGCCCAGGUUGACACGGCGCUUAUGUUGUGAGGGGGACGGUUUUCCGCAUGGCAGUAGUCUGCCUUAGCUCCUAAGUUUGAUCGUCUUAAAGUCGACGGAUCCAAGUUUUUGCGUAUCCUACAGGGUGUUAGCCCCGUCUUUCGCCGGCAGCUUCUUGGGUGCACGCGCAAGCUCUCCCCUUUCGGAUAAGCAUGGCACUACAAACAUUCGAGGGCUAAAAAAAAGGGAGCCUAAGAGCCCCCCCUCUGCCGGUAUCUACGCGGAAAGUACGCAGGUAGGUCUUGACUUAUCGGGGCUCGCUCGCACUACAAAAAAAAAGAAGCGCUACAAAAAAGAGAGAAGCUUUGCCGUAGUUGUUAAGGAGAUUAAGACCUUCCCCCUACGCCGGUGGCUACGUAGGAAAUAUGUUCGCAGGUUCUUUACGGAACUCGCUCAUGCUACGAAAUAAAAGAAAGUCCUUGCUUUGAAGUGAGCGUGGCGGUCCUCGUCCGUGCGUCUUGCUUGUUUUUAGAAUGGAGUUAAGGACAACUACUGAAAAUAACUACCUAGAAGUAUGUGAUAAAUAAAAAAAUGAAAACGAAUAGACAAGAGGACAAGGCAACAGCUCCUUCGAGUUCACCUCACUAGGGAAGACGAUGGGGUGGACUCGUAGAGCUGCGCUUUUCAGCUUCGCCAUAUGUAGUAGGGACAGACAGAGGAUCUUAUCAGAAGGAAGCUAUAAUUGGUAUUUUUGAGUGAGGAGAUAAUCAAAAAUAUGCUCGUCAAAAAACACAGAAGAUUUCUCUCGUCGUCAGAAAAUAAUUAGUGAAAAAGAGAAUACGAUCGUUAUUAGCUACGUAACAAAAAUAUAUGAUCAGUCGUCGACUUACUACAUCGUCUAAAAAUAAUUCCACUUUCUCUAUCAUCUUGGUCUACUUUCCUACUUGAUGAUUGUCUAAAAUGUUUUUCGUGCCUAUAAUUUCUCAAAAAUAUAUGAAUAAGCAGCUGCUGGGGCUCAUUUGAUGGAGAUGUCUCUUGGACUCUGGAUGCUUCCUUACCAUUCUUAAGCUUCGUACUAUCACUAGUACAGAAAUAAAUCUUAUUCAUCUCGCGUGCUUUCGUGAGAUGGUGCAGGUAGUUUUUUCUGUGGGUUCAUCCGAUUAUCCCGAUGGGGGCGGCCCUUGAGUAAAAGGGGAUUGGGAGAUGGGAGGUGGGAAUCCACAUGGACAGGGAUCGGCGAGCUUGUACGAACAUAUUUGUGGGAGUUUUUAGUGAUACGAACUAUGAAACGAAUUUGUCAACAUCUUGAAGAAAGCAAGAGCGAUUAAAGGAAUUAUUUGGAGAUGUAGACGACAAAUGAAACUGGG